AUGGGCAACACUCCCAGCACGCCCCCCGGAACAUGCCUCAACGCGAUCUGCGCCGGCCGCGACAACUGCGUCGCCUACCCCAGCGAUGUCCUCUACCAGGCCAACUGGGUGAAGCCCUACAACCUCGACGUGCCCGUCACCCCGGCCGCCGUCUUCCGCCCCAACAACGCGGCUGACGUCUCUGAGGCCAUCAGGUGCGCCGGCGCCAACGAUGUCCACGUCCAGGCAAAGUCUGGCGGCCACUCCUUCGCCAACUUUGGACUUGGUGGCGCCGAUGGCGGUCUUAUGAUUGACCUUCAGAACCUCAACCACUUCUCCAUGGACACUAGCAACUGGCACGCCACCCUUGGCUCUGGCUUUGUGCUCGGCGAGCUCGACAAGCAGCUCCACGCCAACGGCAAGCGUGCCAUGGCUCACGGAGUCUGCCCCGGCGUCGGCAUCGGUGGCCACGCCACCAUUGGCGGCAUUGGCUCCUCGUCCCGCAUGUGGGGAACCGCGCUCGACCACGUCCUCGAAGUUGAAGUUGUCACUGCCGAUGGCAAGAUUCAACGCGCCUCCAAGACGGAAAACGCUGAUCUCUUCUGGAGUCUUCAGGGUGCUGGCGCCAGCUUUGGCGUUAUUACCGAGUUCGUUGUCCGCACCGAGGAGGAGCCCGGCAGCGUUGUCGAGUACACCUACAGCUUCAGCUUCGACAAGCAGUCGGAGAUGGCCCCCGUCUACAAGAAAUGGCAAGAUCUCGUCGGCAACUCCAAUCUCGACCGCCGCUUUACCUCGCUCUUCAUCGUCCAGCCUUUGGGCGUUCUCAUCACCGGCACCUUUUACGGCACCCUCGACGAGUACAAGGCCAGCGGCAUCCCCGACAAGCUGCCCGCCGCGCCUGCUAACAUUACGGUGAUGGACUGGCUCGGCAGCCUGGCACACAUUGCCGAAAAGACGGCUCUCUACCUCGCCAACGUUCCGACCAAGUUUGUCAGCCGUUCGCUUGCUCUUCGCGAGGAGGAUCUCCUCGGGGAGCAGUCCAUUGACGAGCUCUUCAACUACAUGGAAAACACCGAUGCCGACACCCCUCUCUGGUCCAUCAUCUUUGACAACGAGGGCGGUGCCAUCUCUGAUGUGCCCGACAACUCGACCGCCUACCCUCACCGCGACAAGAUCAUCAUGUACCAGUCUCUUUCCGUUGGCCUCCUCGGCGUCUCGGACAAGAUGGUCAAGUUUGUCGACGGUGUCCAGAAGCUCGUCCAGAAGGGUGCCCCCAACGCCCACACUACCUAUGCCGGCUACAUCAACGCCAACCUCGACCGCAAGACGGCGCAAAAGUUUUACUGGGGUCACAAGCUGCCCCAGUUGCAGCAGCUCAAGAAGAAGUUUGAUCCCACCAGCCUCUUCCGCAAUCCUCAGAGCGUUGACCCCGCCGAGUAA